AUGUCUGUUCUUCUAUAUAGCCAUCUUUUAUUGGCUUCUGACACCAAAGUAUUAGAGAAUGACGGCUUGGAAAACUGUGAUGCGAAAUCCAUUGAGUGGGCUAAACAUAUAUUGAGUGGGCGCCCUAGUUUGGUAUUCCAGGAAGCAGUACUCCCUUUAAAAGAUACGUUGAAUUUGAAGUCUGCCCUUGAUAAUGCGAACAUCGUCGAUGUUUUGAGGAAUUCCAUACUUGAGAAGCUUUGUGAUAACAGUGAACAUCUUUUGUUGUUAGCAAUUUCUUUACUGCAGACCUUUCUCCAGAGCAAUUAUACUGGUCCGUUACCACCGAGGAGCUCUUUAUAUAUCCUAUUAAAUGGUAAUACAGAACAAGCAGAACAGAUAAACAGACUUUUAAUUGCCUCUCUGUCAUCUGGUGGCCAGCAAGCGUAUGAUUUGAUCGACGAUCCCCUUUCCCUAGUGCUCUCUUUGCUGAUUUUUGAGAAAAUUACCAACCAGACAGUGUUGUCUGAAAAUGCAACCGAUAGCAAUAUGGCAGUCCCCGACAUUGCAACAUUGACGAGCAGCGGAUUCUCUUCUGUGGCACAUUGGUGGCUAGGGAGAGCUUUAUUGGUUCACCUAUCUCUUUUGCCUGAACCCUCAGGUAUCAUACCAAGCGUGCUAUCAGUAAUUUUUAGUUCGAUUGAUUUAGCUCAUGCCAUUGCAAAUGACCUGCCUGAACACAGUUCUCAAGACGUUACGUUACGCAUUUACACCAUUUUCUAUUUGGAAAAUGUCAAAUGCUCUUUAGCUAUUAAUACUGAACAGCUUUGCCUAGCUUCACUGACAAAAGUAAAAAAAUUGAGAAAGUUUGAAUUUGUACUCACUGGUGCCCGUGCAAAAAGAACGAAAUUUCAAAGGGAGAGUCACUCAGGACUAAUUAUAUUGGCAAAAUCAUCAGAUGAGCUAUUCAGAGAAAAUCAAUCCAAUAUAGAAAAUGUUUCGCCAGAAGAGUUCCAUUUGGAAUCUGAGAUUCUGUUAGAAAAACCCUUUUUUGAAAGCAUUGCAGAUGAACCACUAGAUGAGCAGGUGGUAAAAAAGCAAAGACUUGACGUAGAUGCAGGAAUUGAGGAAGAAAAGCUUCUACCUUUAGCCCUUUGUCAAGAGAAUAUACCAAAAGAAUUGAUGCUUUUAGACCCUAAUGCGCAACCUAAGUUGGCAGAUUAUGAUGAUAUCCAAUUACUGCUAAGAUUUUACGUUAUCAGGCAAAGUAGCCCCGCGAAAGAUCCCUUAGUCGAAGAAGAGCUCAAAGCUUUAAUCUCGAGGGUUAUUUAUCAAGAGGGUGUAAAGAACUGGACUAUUUAUUCUCGUGCAUUAUGGGAAAGAUCAAUCUUAGAAACAUCAAAAGCCAAAACUGUUGAAAGGGGAAUACUCCAGAUGCAGUCACUUGUGGAAGAAUUGGGACUAAGAAUAGAAUCCAGACUACUACCGGAGGGCAAUAUAAAUUCUCAUUUAAGACUGAGUUACAUCCACCAGAUCCCACUGCUUCCACGUUGGGAAUUGGAUGCGGCACUGGCAGAAAAGUAUAUGUCACUGGGUGUGCUGAGAUCAGCCAUUGAAAUCUACGAAAGAUUGCGGAUGUCUUGCGAAAUAGCGCUGUGCUAUGCAGCUGUUGGCGACGAGAAGAAAGCUGAAGAAGUGUUAGUAAAAAGAAUUGAGGAAAACCCCAAUGAUGCGAGAGCUUUGUCAAUUUUAGGUGAUAUAAGACAAGAUCCUGGUCUAUGGGAAAAAAGUUGGAAAAUUGGCAAAUACGUCAACGCAAAGAAUUCUUUGGCUAGGUACUUUUACAAUCCCCCUGCGUCAUCUGGUCUUUCUAGAAACUACGAUGCCACCUUGGAACAUUUAAAUGAUUCCUUGAGACAAUAUCCUCUAAGUUUCGAUACAUGGUAUUUUUACGGAUGCGUAGGGUUAGAAUGUGAUAAAAUGGCCUUAGCAGCUGAAGCAUUUUCGAGAUGCGUAUCUCUUGAUCCCACACACGCAUUGUCCUGGUCCAACCUAAGCGCUGCUUAUGUUCAAUUAGGAAAGCUCAAAGAAGCUUUUAGUUGUUUAAGGAAGGCCGUUUCUUCAGAUGCACAGAAGAACUGGAGAAUUUGGGAGAAUUACAUGUUAGUUGCGCUUAAACUAAAUGAAUGGAACGAUGUUCUUUUGGCAUGUAAAAAAUUGGUCGACAUACGGAGAGAUAAAUCAGGAGAUGGCUCAAUCGAUGUUCAAAUAGUAGAAAAACUAGUUGAGGUUCUCAUUUCUUCUGAUUACCCUACAGGAGAUAACCAACAACUUACGCAUUAUCAGAAAUCAUGCACAGAAUUUAUCUGCGUAACUUUACCAUCUGUCAUUACCAGUGAUGCAAGAUGCUGGAGGUUGGUAGCCAAAGUAGAACUGUGGAGAAAAAGACCCUGGGCUGCAUUGGACUGUCAUGAAAAAGCGUACAGAGCCAUUUCGCAUAAUCCUGAUUUGGAAAUCGAUGAAAAUGUUUGGAGUGAAACCGUAGAUGCCUGUGAGGACUUGAUAGCGGCUUACGAAUCACUGGGUGAAAUAGAAGGUAAGUUCGGACCUGGUUCACUCGUUUGCAAAGAUUGGAAAUAUAAAUCUCGCGCUACUAUCAAAGCAUUAAUGAGCAAAGGAAAAAAUAGAUGGGAUGAUUCUGUGGGAUGGGAAAGGUUACUAGAAAUGAGAAACCAGUAA